CAUCGCUUUUUACUGCGAUACUUCUUCCGCCGCUUUCUAUCUUUCGGUCUUUUGGCGUGCUGCUUUUGGUCUCUCUGGAUGAUGCGUCGUCUUUCCUCUUGCUAUCACCCUGUUCUCCCAAGGCGUCGGACUCGGUUUUUGGACACACCCUAGUCUUACCCUUGCUUUCUUACUACGUGGUACAUAUCAAAUUAUGGACGAGCUCCCUUCCUCUCAAACCCUGGCAGCGCAGUCAUCCUCGCCAGAACCAGAGCCAAGAGCAACCAGCCUCGAUCUUGGUGGUAUACCACCGAUCGCGGUGUUCAGCGCGCAUUUCAAAGAUGAGGAGGAGGCCAAAGUCAGGGGAACGUUGCGCCAACACGGUGCACCGCUAACCGCGGAUGUCUCAAAAGCGAAGGUCUUCAUUGGGAAGGUCGGGUCCAAGAGACGCGCCGCGUUUGAAUUGAGGUCUCGGAAAUUGACGGUCGAAGAAGUGGUGGAGUCGAAGAGGCCGGGUAGUUCAGUGGAGGCGGAUGAACCUCCUAGCAAGAGGAGAAAACUGUCUGGUUCAGCUGGCAAACCGAUUACCGUGCCAGAUGAAGGGUCUACCACCGAAGAGGAAACGGCGGGCGGGCCUGAGACCGAGGAUGAGUUGCUAGUUUUGAAAGGAGAUACCUCGGAGACGUCGCCUGUGAAGCUAGAAAGGGCUGCUCUAAUUACCCCACCGGUCUUUGAGAAUCACUCCACCGACGACAUUAUUUGGGUUAUUAGAGUAGAUUGGCUCGAUGAUUGCGUCUCUGCGGGUCAUUUACUUCCAUUGGGCGAGCGCCUGGUGUAUAAAGGCAGAGUCCAAGAGCGUCCGCGGCCUUCAGAGCCGAAGUACAAAUCCAUCAAGGCCGUUUUCUCAAACCCACCAAAGGCAGCCUCACAAACUGUCUUAGCUGCGCGCCCACACACCGAGCAGGACAUCCUGGAACGCGCGAAAUCGGACGUGUCUGCAACCGAGCCAAAGUCAUCCUACCAACGUCACCGCACCGGCGGCCAUGGCUCUCGGCGAUUCGAAGGCAGGUCAUUUGCCUCUAGGGCACAGAAAGCGGGCAAUUUUGCGUCGCAAACUGCCCAUUUGCUGCAGCAGAGUACCAGCGAAUACGAAAGCGAGGACAACGAUAUCCCACCACUCCCAGACUGGGUCAAGAAAGGAAUUAAAUACGCUUGUCAGCGCUUUACUCCAGCAAACGGGCCGAACGAAGAUUUCAUCGAACAGCUGAAGAAGAUACGAACAGCCAGAACUCUGAUCGACGAUGAGAUAGGCGUCCGCGCCUAUUCCACAAUUAUCGCAUCCAUAGCCGCGUAUCCCCACAAGCUCACACAUCCACGCGAGAUCGCACUACUGCCUGGCUGCGACGAGAAGACAGCCGUUCUCUUCGUCGAAUGGAAAAACACCGGCAAAAUCCAAGCAGUCGAAGACUUCGAAAACGACGAGGCCAUGAAAGUCCUCCGCGAAUUCUACAACAUCUGGGGCGUCGGCGCAAAAACUGCGCGCAAUUUCUACUAUAAUAAUCACUGGACUGAGCUCGACGAUAUUAUCGAAUUUGGCUGGUCCGACUUAGAUAGAGUGCAGCAAAUCGGCUUGAAAUAUUACGAUGAAUUUCUAGUGCCGAUCCCGCGGGCUGAGGUCGAACAGAUCGCCGAGGUCGCCCGGCAGCACGCCGUCAAACUUCGAGACGAGCGCAUAACCGUCACCAUAGUUGGCGGAUACAGACGCGGAAAGCAAGCCUCUGGCGAUGUCGAUAUGAUCGUCUCGCAUCCCCAGCUAGAAGCUACGGCAGGCCUCAUCAAGGACAUCGUUGAGUCCUUGGAGGAUGCGGAAUGGAUCACGCACACUCUGACACUAAGCUUGAAUAACACCAACAGAGGGCAGAACACGCUACAGUUCCGCACGACGAAAGCCUCCGGAGCGGGCUACGAUACCCUUGAUAAAGCGCUCGUCGUUUGGCAAGACCCGCGCUGGCCAACUCGCGAGCAGGAUCUUGCUGCGAAUUCUAAAGCGAAGAACCCCAACAUUCACCGUCGCGUCGAUAUCAUCAUCGCGCCGUGGCGCACAGUGGGCUGUGCGGUCAUGGGCUGGAGCGGAGGGACGACGUUCCAGCGCGAUCUUCGACGGUACGCGAAACACAUCAAAGGAUGGAAGUUUGACAGUAGCGGUAUACGGAGCAGAAGUACAGGCGAGGUAGUGCAGUUAGAGGGACCGAACGGCGUGAACGGUACACCGGAGGAUGCGGAGAGGAAGGUGUUUGAAGGGUUGGGGUUGGAGUACAUACCUCCAGAAUAUAGGGUCACGAAUUGAAUACUUGUGUCAUGGGUGCUCUGUAGCUGCUUGGUCGCCGUAUGUGGCACGUACAUUUUUUGCACCUUGGGAGGGACGGAUUGCGGAUUGCCCUCGCAUUGGACGAUGAUAGCCCUCCGUUGCAUUCUACUGCCUAGCUAAACCUAGAAAUACGAUGUCACACCAUAUCCGUGCAAGCGCCCGC